AUGUCCGGGGGCUUCGAGCUGCAGCCCCUAGACGGCGGCCCUCCGGUGGCCCUGGCGCCCGGGGAGACGGUGAUUGGUCGCGGGCCGCUGCUGGGAAUAACAGAUAAAAGAGUAUCCAGAAGACAUGCCAUUCUUGAGGUGGUGGGUGGUCAGCUUCGAAUCAAACCGAUACACACAAAUCCAUGUUUUUAUAAGUCUUCUGAGAAGAGUCCGCUAUUACCAUUGAAGAGAAAUCUAUGGCGCUGGUUGAAUCCUGGAGAUAGUUUUUCUUUGUUAGUUGACAAAUAUAUUUUCUGUGUUUUCUCUACACACUCUGAAACGGAAAUGGAAUGUACUUUAAGAAAUAGUCAGAUGCUUGAUGAAGAUAAUAUUUUGGAUGAAACAUCAAAACGCCCCUUGAUUAAUUCGCCUGAUGAGAAAACUAGUGCCUCACAGCUGACAGAAAGCACAGAAAUUGCCAGUACCUCAACUAUGACUACACAUUGUAUGUCCAUUCUAGAGGAAUGUGGAGACUUUGGUAAGCAGCAGCCAAAUUUUGUCCAAAGGAAAAGAAUCCUUCCAGCUUGGAUGUUAGAAAGUAUAAGUGAUCAAAAUCUUUCAGCACCAGUCAUCAGUGAAGAUAAUGAUGUAAUCCAGGGAAGUGGAGAAGAAGGAAUCGGCAAAGAUAAAACACAAGUAAAGAUAACACAGCAAGGAAGAAAGCGAUUAAUUUCAUCAGGAAGUUCAGAAAGUACAGCAGCAAAGCAGGACCCAGGAAAAAAGUGCAGAAGUACUGAUCAGGAAGAGUCUGUUAUUUCAUCCAAGGAAGUACCACAGUCAUUUUCUGACAUCACAUUAAGUAACACAGAGGUGAAUAAUUUGAAGACUAAUACACAGAGAAACAAAAUCCCAGUACAAGAACUCGAUAAGAUUUCUGAACGGAGAAUUGUCAGUAAAGGAACACCAAAUAAAAAAGACGAGGCAGUGAGUGACCAAGGUAAUUCAUCCCAUGAUGAGUCCCAAGGAUCUCAUCCUGAACCUGGACCUGAUCUCUCCAAUCCUGAAACUUCGCAUGCAGAGGUGACUGUUUCAGUUCUAGAAGGUUCUGAAGAAGACAAGACCAAAAGGACAUCCUGCAUGUAUGGGGCAAACUGCUACAGGAAGAAUCCUGUCCAUUUUCAACACUUCAGCCACCCUGGUGAUGGUGAUUAUGGAGGUGUCCAAGUCGUGCAUCAAGAUGAGGCUGAUGACCGCCCUGAGUGUCCCUAUGGAGCAUCUUGCUAUAGGAAGAAUCCUCAGCACAAGAUAGAAUAUAAACAUAGUGUAACUCCAGUGAAAAGCAAUUUAGAUGAAGAUGAUGAUAAUGUUGAGCAGCUCAAUGAGUACGACCUGAAUGACAGUUUUAUAGAUGACGAGGAAGAAGAAUAUGAGUCCCCAGAUGGAGAUCCUGACUGGGAGCCAGGAAAGGAAGACCUAGAGAAGGAAGAUGUUGAGGAGCUUUUGAAAGAAGCAAAAAACUUUAUGAAAAGAAAAAAGUAA